CCACCAUCAAUCGAAUCGAAAACCUCCCUCCGCCUCCUUCCUUCCUUCCUUCCUUCCUUCCUUCCGUCGUCCUCCGCCACUUCCGCUUCCGGGCGCGGCGAGCGGCGUCGUAAUCGCGCCUCUCUCCUCCGGUUGAUCAUGGAGUCCCUGCACGAGAACGCCGCCGCGCACCCCCCUCCUCCUCCGCCGCCGCUCCCUCCGCCGGGAACCCUAGACUCCCGCGCCGAUUACCCGCCCCCGCCGCCCCCGGAGUCGCAGUCGCUGGAUUACUACUACGGCUCCUCGAUUCAGGUGGGCGGCCAUCGGAAUCCAGCUCAGGGCGCCCAGAACCCCAACGGUUCGCUCAGUAACGGCCACUUCCCCGCCUCGGAGAGCUGGAAUCCCGGCCUCAGGCCCGAGAUCGCGAAGGUUGUUCUGUCCGAUGGUGGUGCGAUGACGAACACGCACAGCGGGACUGAUAAGGACGCCUCCGGAGGCGAGGAGGAGGCCACCAGCCGGAGACGCCGUCGGAGCCGCUGGGACCCGCCUUCCGAUUCUAACGAGCAGAGCGGCGGCGGCGGCGGCGGCGGCAGCGGGGUGGGUAAUGACUCUGGGAGCGGCACGAGGAAGCGCAAGUCGCGCUGGGCGGACGAUGAGCCGAAGCUGCCUGCGAUUCAGCUUCCGGAUUUCAUGAAAGACUUCACUGGAGGUAUCGAGUUUGACCCUGAGAUUCAAGCCCUUAAUGCUAGGCUUUUGGAAAUUAGCAGGAUGUUGCAGUCGGGUUUGCCGCUAGAUGAUAGGCCGGAGGGGGCUCGCUCCCCUUCUCCGGAACCCAUAUAUGAUAAUAUGGGUAUUAGGAUCAAUACGAGGGAGUAUCGUGCUCGUGAGCGUCUGAACAAGGAGAGACAGGACAUUAUAACUCAGAUUAUUAAGCGGAAUCCAGCGUUUAAGCCCCCGGCUGAUUAUAGGCCUCCCAAGCUGCAAAAGAAGUUGUACAUUCCGAUGAAAGAGUACCCUGGUUACAAUUUUAUUGGACUCAUCAUAGGACCUAGAGGCAAUACCCAGAAAAGGAUGGAACGUGAAACCGGUGCAAAGAUUGUCAUUCGCGGAAAAGGUUCAGUAAAGGAGGGUAGGUUGCAGCAAAAGAGGGAUUUGAAGCCUGAUCCAGCAGAGAAUGAGGAUUUGCAUGUUUUGGUGGAAGCGGAGACACAGGAGGCACUAGAUGCAGCAGCAGGGAUGGUGGAGAAACUGUUGCAGCCUGUUGAUGAGGUUCUAAAUGAACACAAGAGGCAGCAGCUCAGAGAACUUGCGGCGUUAAAUGGGACCAUAAGGGAUGAGGAAUUUUGUAGGUUAUGCGGGGAACCGGGACAUAGGCAAUAUGCGUGUCCUUCACGUACUUCUACAUUUAAGAGCGAUGUGCUUUGCAAAAUCUGUGGUGAUGGAGGACACCCUACUAUUGAUUGUCCUGUGAAGGGGACUACAGGCAAGAAAAUGGAUGACGAGUAUCAGAACUUCUUAGCUGAGCUUGGAGGCACCAUGCCUGAGUCUGCCACCAAGCAGAGCAGUACUUUGGCAAUUAGUGCUGGAACUGCUGGCAACGCUGGAAGCAACCCUCCUUGGGCUAAUAGUACUGGUGGCACUGGGACAAGUUCACACCCUGGUUUAGGAUCAAACCCUGUUAAGCUUUCUAAAGAGUAUGAUGAUACGAAUUUGUACAUUGGAUACUUACCACCUACGCUUGAUGAUGAUGGUUUGAUUCAGUUAUUCUCGCAGUUUGGGGAAAUUGUGAUGGCUAAGGUUAUCAAGGACCGUGUUACUGGACUGAGUAAAGGAUAUGGUUUUGUUAAGUAUGCAGAUGUUCAGAUGGCCAAUGCUGCUAUUCAAGCCAUGAACGGUCAUCGGCUUGAUGGGCGAACCAUUGCUGUCAGAGUUGCAGGGAAGCCUCCCCAACCUACCGUGCCUCCUGGCCCUCCUUCGUCAACGGUGCCCACAUACCCUAUGCCGGCACAACCAGUUGGUGCAUACCCCUCGCAGCAAUUCACAUCAGGUGGUCCUCUACCACCUGUUCCUCCUGCAGGCUAUACGGCGGCUCCCGUUCCGUGGGGGCCACCUCUACCACCACCUCCUUAUGGUUAUCCUCCUCCAUCGUAUAUGGCUCCUGUUCCAAUCCCAGGCCAACCCAUGCCUCCUUAUGGCAUGUCUUAUCCUCCCCCUCCACCAUCAGCACAGCCAGUUCCACCAGGUGCUCCGCCUCAGACUGCUCCUCCUACUGAAGCACCACCGAGCUACCCACCUGGAGUUCAAUCUGAAAACACUAGCUCUUCUCAUUCUGCUUCUGUUAGUGCUUACGGAACAGCUGCCCCAAUGAUGCAUGCUAGUGCUCAGCCAAUAUAUGCUGCAUCUUCUAUGGGUUAUGCACCAUAUUAUGGUGCUUAUCCUCCCCCAGCUCCUGCGCCCACUCCGAAUGCUGAUCCUUCUCAGAGCAUUGCAAAUGCACCUUGGGCAUCAAAUCCUCCUCCACCACAGCCACCUGCAUCUUCCUCAGAGCAGACAUCAUAUGGUGGAGAUGCAGAAUACGAGAAGUUCAUGGCACAGAUGAAAUGACGUGGGUCCUGUUCUGUGAUUCUACCCAAAUGAAAGGAGUGAUGUUUCUUGGAGCUCUUGUCAACCUGAUUUCUUACCUCUUGCGAUUAUUGGAAGUUUGGGACUCACAUCAUUAACCUUGCUGUGCUGUUAUGACAUUGCAGAAACUGGACAGGAAAUUCGAUCUACGCAGAUGUAAAGGCCAUAUUUGUUUCUUUUAGUAACUGAACAUCCUCAGGACUUAAUCUUUUGGCUUGUUGAUACUUUUGAUUUAUGAGUUUGUCAAAAUUUAGACAUAUCCAGUUGAUGGGAUCUUGCUUAUUAAACUGUCUUUGGAUUUGUGAA